GAACAGUUUCUUCGACUUAUAUCAAAAAAUAUUGGAAGCCAACAAAUUUUCACCAUCUCGCAUUUACAAUGCUGAUGAGACAGCUGUGUCAACGGUACCUACAAAGAAAACCAAAAUUGCUUCUAUGAAGGGCAAAAAACAAGUUGGUGGCAUAACUUCUGCUGAACGUGGGGAAACGACGACGGCAGUGAUGUGCAUGUCAGCUACUGGGCAUUUCAUCCCACCAUUUCUAAUUUUCCCCAGAGCACGAAUGAAUGAUUCGUUGAAUAAUGGAACUCCUUCGGGAACGCAAUUGGCGUGUAACCCUUCUGGUUACAUCACUGUUGAAAUAUUUAGAGCAUGGUUUGAUCAUUUUCUUCUGAAUGUCUAUCCUACGGCAGACGAUCCUGUGCUAUUGAUUGUAGAUGGACUCUCAUCUCACACAAAAAGCCUAGCAGUAAUAGAUAAAGCUAAAGCCAACCAUUUAACUAUAAUAGUUCUACCACCGCACUGUAGCAAUAAGCUUCAUCCACUAGAUGUGAGUGUCAUGGCUCCGUUCAAUAAUUUUUAUACGAGCGUCGCUGACACAUACUUGCGACAUCAUCCAGGCAGAGUAAUCACAAUUUACGAAGUGGGUCAAUUAAUGAACACUGCCUACACGAAGGCUGCCACAACACAGAUAGUGGUAAAUGAGUUCAGGAAGACUGGAUUGUGGCCUUUUAAUCGAGAAAUAUUUAAUGGCACUGAUUUUGUGCCAUCGUUAGUAACUGAUCAAUCGGAAAAAAUAGCAUCAUCAGAAUCAACAAGCAUUCAGGAGCAGGUUAUGCCCACUCAAAAUAAUCCACCCACCCCUACGAAUGUUGAUUGUCAAUUGGUAAACAUACCUGGUCCUAGUGCUACGGCAUCUCCGCACAAUCCAAACACAUCGUUUGAGGUUCCACCAUCGAAAAUUAUUCCCUUGCCACAAAUUAACAUACCUAGAAACUCUCGAAAACGUCAUUCCGAAAAGGCAAGAGAAAUCACAUCCCCCAUUCAUGAACAACAGUUAAUCAGCGCAAAAGCAGCAAAAGAUAUGAAAGCAAUUAAACUCCAUCGGAAGAAGACAACAAGAAACAAAGCCAAGACCAACAAAACUUCAGACAUGUCAGAAGAUUUCCUUUGCGAUCUAUGUGGACUAUGCUGUUCUAAUUCUAAUGAUGGGGAAGACUGGCAAGUAUGCCAAAAAUGUGGAACCUGGUUCUACAAAAAAUUGCUAUGACAUGGUUAUUACUUCCGGCAAGGAUUGUUUGUAACAUAAUUUUUUUUAGCAUGCUGAAAUAAUGAUUUGUUCCUUUUUUUAUAUCUAAUUGUUAUGAAGUACUUUGUUGAAUUUAAAUAAAUAAAAAACUGUAUGCCAUUAUAGUCGUUUUAAUUGUUUUAAACAAAGUGUCGAAGUUACUCCGCAUAGUGUCGAGCUUACCCGCACUGCAGUAUUGGUGCAAAAAAAACGUGCUUUUUUAAUUUUAUCAAAAUGAUAUAAAAAACAAUCCAACAACCGUAGUUUCUCGUAAGAUGGUUCAUAAUGAAUCUAUAAAUCUUUUUCGAUGUCUACCACUAAGUUAACCUUGCAAUAAAAGUAUUGCAAUUACGAGAAAACCUUAAGGUGUCGGAACU